CAGAUAAGAAGUAAGAGAUAAUAGAGUUUAGCGCCAACGGAUUCACACAACACAUAUCGGGUGCGCCAUAUUUUGAUUCCUUUGCGUGCUUUGCCUAGCAUUGUAAUGGCGGAUGCAUCCCGCCGUUGUCGCGAGUGCAUCCGAUCGUUGCGGAGAAGCGGGAAGUGAGUUUGAACGAUACGGCAACUGCGAUCGUCAUUCGGAAAAUUGUAACGUCGCGUCGAUUUCAUCCUUGCCGCUGCAUCGGCUCGGCUCGUAUCAGAAUCACGUGAAAUCUUAAGGUUACUGAUAGUGAUGUGCGGGAACCCGCCGCGAAUUAAUUCGCCACGUACUUUGGACCGCCUCUGAACAUCCCGGAUUAUUUUGACUCUCUCGCGAUACGAUGUCAAGAAAAUCGAAUAUGGCCGAGCGCUGUCGCAUCUGCUUAGCUGAUCGCGGUUGCAUGACCGAUAUUCACGACGACAGUGUGGAAUCCAAGCUCAAGGAUCUGGCCAAAUGCACUUCUAUCGAUGUCAAACAUGAAGAAAAUUUACCCAGUGUCAUUUGCCAUGUAUGCUUGUAUAAGCUGGAUAUGUGGAGCGAGUUCAAGGAACAAUUUAUACGGUCCAAUAAGGUUCUUUUGGAACAGUUAGAAAUAUCGGAAACAUCUGAUAUUUCUAAUUCUAUUAAGGAUUCUCAAAAGGAUGAAAGUUGUGUGAUGGAAAAUAUGAAAAGGAAACAUUUGAAUAGAAGUGAAGAUAGCAUUUCUGAUAAUGAUAAGAAAAAGUCUAAAGCAGAUGCAUCUUCAUCAGAGCUUACAAAUAUUGAUCAUGAUACUGGCCAGAUUAUAUUGGAUGUAAUAAGCAUAUCGUCGGAUGAUGAGAAUGAUAGACCAACUUCAUCCAAAGAUUCCUCUCGCAAAGUGCUUGAUGAUCCUGAUAAUAGUAAGAAGGCUGCAGAAAAUGGCAGCGGAGAGCAUAUGGAAAGUAAAGCAACUUCAGGACCGAUGAGAACUAAAUUGUUACCUGCGAGACGCGGCAGAAAUAUCGAACGAAGGAAAGCAUCCACAAAGCGUUAUAUAGAGAGGAAAAAGGCGCUCUUGGCCGCAACAGGAGAGAAUGUGUCUGAUACAGAUUCCAUAAUUUCCGAUGACGCGCAAUUAUCACCUGUGCAAAAGGCACGAGCGAAAAAUAACGCGGAUAAAGAAGCGGAAAGGCAAAAGAGGAUUGCCAAAGUGUUAAAAAAUUUAGAAAUGAAUCUCACAGAAAAAUAUUCUGUAAUUCAUGACAAAGACACAGAUUCUGACACACGCAGAACAAGAUUGAGUAAUUUACAUUCGAGUACUUUGCAGCCAAAUAAGAAAAAUUCACUAUUAAACCCAACUGAUAAGAAAAACAAUGCCGAGAAAAAUAUAUCCUCUUUAGAGAGUUCAAUGGAACGAGAAAAUUCUUCAGUUUCGUUAGUGGAAAAUAACGUUACGGCAGACGUUAACGUAAAAAAACCCGAAUCACAAGUUGAUGAUGAAACGUUUACGCCGUACACGUUGAAAUCCGAGCUUGUGAUCGGGGACGUUACUUAUGCCGUAACAUCAACGUUGAUUCUUGCGGAUAAAGAAAAUUCAAAUAAUGUAACAAAGGAUUCUAAGAGUUCUAAUGUUGAUGAAAGCAGUCGGGAAAAAAAUACUGAUAUUAUCGACGCGGUUCAGUUACGUAGAAUAAAUAAUCCUGUGACGCCUGAUGCAAAUAGCAACCCAGUUAAUACCAAAUCUGUCGAAAGAUGUUUAAAUAUCGAGGUAGAAGGUAACGAAUUAUCGGUUUUGAAACGUGUACAAGUCGAAUUGGCAGAUUUUGUCCAAAAGGAAAUGAGGCAUAGAAUAUUCGGUACAAACGAUAGCGUCGCAAAAACAUUAUUUCCCGAGAAAUUGGACGACGUCAGUGCGAUUUCUCGUAAAAAACUUGAUGAAAAGUUGAAAGGUAUAAUAGAGAGAGCUAUAAAGAAGAAUAUCGAGUCCUCCAUCAUUAGACACGCAGAUGAUACAUAUGGAUUUGCGAGGGUUUCGCCGGCGGUUGCGAAGGCGGCUAUGAAUUUACCCGAAUAUCAACCGAAGGUCGUAAUUAAACGUUUAGAUAUAUCAAAAGAGAGUAAGCUCUAUAACAUCAAUAACCUUCACAUUUUGAAACAGGCCGCAUCAAGAGGAAGCAGUCAUGGCGGAUCCAUCAACGUAACUUCUCGUAAACGCCGAAUUGUACCGCCGAUAAAGUAUAACGACUACAACACCUCUGCGUUGGAUUCUGAUUCCGACAAAUCGGACGAUAUGAUUUCUUCCAAAGAAGCAUCCAAAACUUCAUCAGAACAUGCAAUAACACACGGCAGUUCAGCGAAAAAAUCACCGGGGAUGAACAAACAGAUUGCUGCUUCUGUCAAACAUAUGGAAAAUAGUUCGAUCGUCAAAGUUAUGGAUAAUGGCGCUAAAUGGACGCCUCUUUUCGUCGAGAAAAAUUCAACGAACGAACAGAAGGCCGAUUACGAAGACUCAAUCAGAAUAGAGGGUGCCAUAACCGAAAAUCAUAUAUGCGGAGUAUGCGCACUCACAUUUAGCAGUCGAAAGGAUGUAGAGGCGCACGUUCGUACUCACAAAAUGAUAUCAAGCGCUAAUGUUACACACAUCACACUGUCACAAAAUGAGAUUGCAGUACCGACACCGCCGCGACAAAGUAAGCAGAAAAUGAUGCGUUGCAAGAGAUGUCACGAAAUAGUCGAAGCUCGUUUCGUAAAGUCACAUGUCUGUAAAACAGCUACAGAGAUUCACAAGUGUUAUGUUUGCAAUUCCAUGUUCCGAACGGAGAAGCUUCUUGUGCGGCAUUUGGAAAGUCAUGAUCAGUCAGAAUUCAACAUAGUAAAUGCAAUCGGGAACAAAAAAUCCAACACUAUCGAUAUGUCACAGAAAACGCAAUCUACAACACCACAAGAAGAUCAAAGAAUUGAAACGAAAGUGCAAAAUGUGUUAACUGAGAAGAACGAUCAAUCUGAUAUCCAGUCGGACAAGAUAACCAGUACAGGCGUAAAACUCGAUAACGGGGAAACUAUCGGAGAAAAGUUUAAGGAAACAUAUACCUGUUUCCUAUGCGAUAAAAUAUUCACGGAUGAGGAAGUGUUGAAAGAUCACUUGCAAAAACAUUGCGAUGAUCUGAGCGAAGGGGAACAGAGCAAUAGCAAAGAACAAUAUCAAUGUGCUAUCUGCGGUGAUACUCUAGAAUCAGAUCAAGCAUUAGAAGAGCACGUCGGUAAACACUUGUUUGAUGACGAAGACGACAAUCCCAAUUUGAUUAGCAUAAAUCAGGAUAAUAAGAGCAAUAAUGAAACGAAAGAAAUAGAAAUCUAUUAUUGCGGUCAGUGCUCAGAAUCGUUUGAUUCGGAGAUGUCGUUGGAGAUGCAUAUGCAGGAACACGAAGAAGAAGUUGCGAUAGCGGAAUGGGAGAAGCAAGGAAUGAAAGUCAUCAAUCAGUAUCAGUGUAUGCUUUGUGACGAAUUGUUUGAUGCAGAAGAAGAUCUGGCAGAACAUUUGGACAUACACAAUGGAAAUGCUCAUGUAUGUCAGUUAUGUGACAAGCCGUUUCGCAUAUUGGAGGAUUUGCAAGAACAUGUCGCAACCCAUUGAUAUGUCUAUAAAUUUCACUCCAUAUAUAUACAGUAUAUACAUAUAAUGAGAAUAUUCUAAAAUAUUCUUCGGAUGAUAAAAAUCAUAGCAACUAAGAUUGCAAUUAUAUUUAUAUUUAAAACAUUUAUACAAUUUACAUAAUUGUCACAAAACCUGCCAAUAAUGUACAUGUAAAUUGUGUUUUUUUUUGGAAAAGUGCAGCCGUAUGUUUAACCGAAAAAUGUGGCAAUUUUAGUUUGUCAUUAUUUAUAUAAUGAUAUCUAAGAACAUUAAAUAAUUUA